GUACCAGCGUCUGUCGGGGGAAAAACAGUUGACAGGAGCGAGAAGUAGGCCGAACAGGAUAAACAAAGCAAAUAGAUGAAAAAUAGCUUAGACGACUUUAAUAUUUGUCAUUAUUUUUAAUGUUAAAAAUGAGUAGUGUUUUUCUAAAGUUGUGUUGGGUCUAUUAAGGCGGAAAGUUUGUCGAAAAGAGAGGGCGUCCACCUGUCGAACCGAAAUAGGUUAACCAAGCUAACCUGCGUUAGCGUGCUAGCUGGCUGUUUGAACCCGAACAGGUGUGCCAGGUGGCCCGCCAGGUAGCCAUGUCCUCCCCUUCUUCGUCGUCCAGGCGCCAGUGGUGCUACUUGUGCGACCUGCCGAAGAUGCCAUGGACCGUAGUGUGGGACUUCAGCGAGGUGGUCUGCCGCGGUUGCGUUAACUACGAGGGGGCUAACCAGAUCGAGUUCCUGAUAGCAAGCGCCCGCCAGCUGAAGCGGAGUCACGGCAUGCAGGACGGCAACGUGAGGUCGCCCGGCCCUUCUCCUAACAAACACGGCUCCUUAGCAAGAGCAGAGCCGGGGCCGGACGGCGGAAGGCAGCACGCUGAGCGCUUUGAGCGGGGAGGGAGAGGGGAAGGCGGCGGGACGGCGAUACGCGUGCCGCCCAACGGGCUCCACCGCGACGGACAGCCGCCCCAUGAGGUGAACCGCCAGAGCCCCAGCAGCAGCCGGAGACCCAUGAUCGGAGCCGCCAUCCCGCCCAAUCUGGUGUCUCAAAGCAUUGCGGGAAUGCCUGGGCUGCUUGCGGGCAUGCCAGCGGGUCUGACCGCCAGGACAGCGCCGAUGAGCAGCCCGAUGAUCUUCCCGGCGCCGGUGCUGGCUGAGAUGAGCCGCAGACAGCUGGGGAUCGGAAUCUCCUCCUUCAUCACUCCGGAGCUGGAGCGGGAGCUCAUUUCCUCCCAGGCCAAGUCCCAGACUCAGACACAGGCUGGCACCAGUGGUAGCAAGAGCACAAGCCUGUCUUCUUCGUCUUUUUCCAUGGCUGGAGGCGUGAGCCAGACGAGCCCGAAGCCCGCUUCAUCCCCGGCCAGGCAGCAACGCCCCCCGACGGCCCGGUCCGGAGCCGAGCCUCUGGGAUCCGGCAGCUCCGCGGAGGCAGCCACGACUGCUGCGGCGUUACCCAACAACGGCGCCUCCGAGCUGGGGUCGGCAUCUGUCAGCAACACCCAUCCGACCGGAAACACGCUGUCCUGCACGCUGUGCCACGAGCGGCUGGAGGACACACACUUUGUCCAGUGUCCAUCAGUGCCUGGGCACAGGUUCUGCUUCCCCUGCACCAGAGUGUACAUCCAGAGCCGGCGGGGCGACGGCGAGGUGUACUGCCCCAGCGGAGAGCGCUGCCCGCUGGAUAACUCCCCCAACAGCCCGCCCUGGGCCUUCAUGCAGGGAGAGGUCUCCACCAUCCUGGGCAUCGUUCCAGCGCCAGCGGGAUCAGCGUCGGCAGCAGCAUCCGGAGCCAGUUCGGGGUCGGGAGCUGCUCCGGCGUCUGGAUCAGGGAGUGCAGCAGCAGCAGGCGGCGCAAGUGGAGGUGGAUCAGGAGGAGGAGACGUCACUGUUAAGAAAGAGAGAGAGACGUGAUGGUGACGCGGACCGAACAGCAGCAGCAGCAGAUUUGGAUUCAGUACAAUAAGAGAUGUCUACACUGGACUGCUGAGAAACCCAGAAAAGAAACACAACAACCAACAAAACCAGAAAUCCUCCACUGCACAGGUUCUAACUCCUUCUAACUUCAGUUUAAACAUCAUCGCAACAGUUCAGAAGCUUCUGUUUUUCUUCAUAAUUUCCUUUUAAAGAUCAGUUUUCUCACCAGAAAAGGACUCGAUAUAUUAGUUGUCCUCAUUUAAAACGAAUGUAAAUUACAUUUCUACUCACCGAGUCAACUCUCCAGCACAGGUCAACAUCUAAACAUUGGUUAUAAUUGAGUUUUUGCUGCAUCCUCAGUGAUGCAAUGGUGCUAAACAUCACAUUAGAAAAGCACCACAACAUGUGAUUUAUGUCUCCAUGGCCUCAUACAAAACAAUCCAAGUGUUUGGCUUUGUUUCUGUUUGAUAAACUCAACUAAAAAAGGCUAAUCUGCACUGGCUCCGUUAGUAUACUAAGAUCACACCAACACAGCAGCUGACACCCAGAUUUCUAGUUCCUCUGUGGCCGAAAAUAAAUUAGUUCAGUAACGUUUAGGAGCCAAAAGUCAGAUAAAACUCUUCGCCUUCUAACCCAACCGUCUUUCUUCUCUACACAACUGCAUAUUGUUUAUUUUUCUGAAUUUUAUAACUGAAUGUCCCCUAGAAACCAAAAGGACUCCACAGAAACACAACAAAGGUAACAAUAAUUGUGCAUUGUAGAGAAAUGUAUCAAUUUUCAUAGUUUUGCAGUAGAAAACAGGAAAGAAAAAUGGAUCAAGCUUAACGUUUUAAUCUUUGAUUAAUCUCCAAAUGAUAAAAACGUGAAAACAAAUUACUCUUAUUGCGUUGAAGGUGGAAGAAACAACUAUUUCUGAAUGAAUUUUUAAUAUUUGUGUCAGAAAGACCAGAAAUGUCAACUUUAUCUUACCCUACGAUGCUAACAUGUCGCUACUCACGCAGAGGAAAUUUUAUAUUUUUUCUUAGUCUCUUGAGCAAAACGAAGUUAAAUGCUGAUUAAAACACCAAUAACUCACAUUUUCCCUCAACAGUAAUUAAACAGAAAUGCUUUUGCACCAAGACGCAGCAAUAUAUUGCCUAAUAGAGGCUCAAAAUGUCCUUUUCUGAUCAGUUAGCGAUCCAGAAAUACCACCUGGUCUUGCUGACAACACUCUUCAGUGUGGAAGUUAUCAUAGCAGGAAACCCAGAGAGAUGGACUUUGGUAUUUUGUUUCCCGCCUUCGAAACAUUUCAUUGAAUUGAAGGAGAAGCAGACUCUCCAGAGGCUGAAUUCAUAAAUUAUCAAACAGGUUGAUUAUAUUGGAGCAAAGUUGCUCUGUUUUAUACUUUAAAACUGCCUUUUGCCUGAUUUCAAAAGGGUUGGGAGCCUUUUGGAAAUCUUACUAAAUGUUUUGUAGGGAAUCCUACAUGCUAAUAGCUAAAGUAAAGAUAAUUUAAAAUGGCAGAAAUCAAAUGACUAAAACUCUGUUUUACAGUGACCGCUCUCUCCUGCACACUGUUGGAUGUUACCUUUGCUUCAUUUUUUAACGCUGUUAACUGAAGUCGGUAUAAUACGGAGCCCCAUACUGGGAGUUUUUUUCUUUUAUGUUCCCUCGCAAUAAAUUGACUGAGAAAUCUGAAACUGAUGCCAUAUUGGCAGGUAACCGGCCGCAACGUUUUUGUUUUUAUCUCCUUUACGCCAGCUUUACGUUAGCGCUCUGCUGAAAAAACCUGAGUGAAGUUGACCCCCCCCCCCCUCCUCAACCUUCUUCAAAUUGGACAAAAUUGGUGUCAAACAUUU